AUGACAACGAUUUACAGAUCGCUACUCUGUUGUACGUGGGGAAAAGAUGGCGCCUGCGCUCUUGAACCAGCCACAGGGAAGUUGGUGCAUGCUCCAGCGUACACGGCAGAGAACUUUCAGGUGAUCGACCCAAUCGGCGCAGGGGACACAUUUAUUGCUGGGAUGCUGUAUGCGAUGAAUUGUAAAGAAAAAGAAUGGGAUAUUUCACAAAAGCUCAGCUUCGCAAAUAUCUUGGCAGGUAUCAAGGUAUCCCAGGAAGGGUUUUCAGGACUAGGUCGGGCGAUAAUGAUGUAG